AUGGCGGCAGCAGGAGGUGCAGCAAGCAUCAUCACGCAGGUGCAACAGGGUGGACCAGCGCCGUUGAACACGUCGCUCGCAGGCACCGAUGAGAACAUCACUCUCGAGCUGCGAGGUACUCGAUUCACAAUCUCGCGAGAUGAGCUACUCACUCUACCCGAAUUUGUUCUGCUAUCAUUAUUUCCCAAUGGUCUGCUCCCGGAGAGCCACAUGAACCAAUACCACGAGGGCGAUGUAUUUCCCGUUGACGUAAGGAAGCCCCAUAAACCCCAAAAGACCCGCGCGAUUGUGCAAGCGAAACAGCCACAGAUCACGCUACAAAACAUCACAUCCAUGCUCUCCAAUUCAAAUGCAUAUUUAUCUGACAUGAUUUAUCGCUCACAGUACGAUCCGAUCUCGCUGCAAUACAUGUUGGAAUUCUUCCGUCAUGUUGCCCAGACCAUUCCUCAGUCAUCAGAUGAGGCCGGAGCUGAUACGCUCAAUACGAUGCCGAUCGAGCCGAUGGCCGGCAAUGCGCGCGACAUGCUUCAAGAUCGCGCUGGGAUCAUCGUUCUCCGAGAAGAUCUUGAUUUCUACGCAAUUCCGCCCCGAAAGGACAUUGAGCAACCGGAGAUGAUCGAAGUGAAGCGUGCAGCUAGCAGGGCCCUUCUCAAACAAGACGGCAUCUUUUCGGGUCUCCGGAAGAGCAAUGAGCCAGGCACCACCGAGCAACAUCUUAUCGAAAUGUUGACUGCCGGAGGUUUCGACCACGAAGACACCUGGGGCCACCGCGCUGCUGAGCCCAACAAGGCUGUCAUCUGCUCCAUCGCCCUUGCGCGGCUGCGUACCGACAUUAAGGGUGAGUCGGCGGGCUCCGCCAAUGCGGUGGGCAUGGCGCAGAAGCUUCUGCUCUUCUGGAGGAAGCCGGCGCGUCGAUGCUGGUGGGAGGGUGUCGAGCUUGACAAUGUUGAGGGCGUGGAAGGCAAGCUUAAGGUCUGGAUCCGAAGGGUGUGGACAUUGGAAAUGGUACGUGAUACUACAUGCAACUUUCCAAUCCCUUUUCGAAACGAAGCCUCGACUGACUUGGACAUUCUAGAGUGUUAUUGGUCUCCGCUGAGUGUCCAUGAGCGCAUGGCGCGAUCAUGGAUGCUUCCGCGUAUUAUGUUGCGCUGGCACAUCUCGUCGCCAAAACACGUGAAACACGUCUGUCUUCAUGGAUCAUAUCGGAUCUGCAGCUCUCCAAGUCGAUCCCGGAAUUCAAACAUCUCUCCUAAAAUUGCUGAUACUGGGAACUACCUAAGCUAUCUGGACACACUCUGA